AUAUUUGUAUUUUAAUAUUAAAAUAUUUGCUUUGAUAUAGCAUUUAUACAAAGAAAAAAGGACAUGGUGUUCAACUUUUCUGUCUAUUGUACAUGAAAUAAUUAGAGGUUUAUCACAAUUUGUCACACACUGAAAUAAAAGGAGACACCCGGGAACCUACAAGAUGUCAGCGCCCAUGGAGAGAGCAGGGCUUUCAGACCCGAGGAUGCAAUGCUUUGUCUGUGUGGAAUGUGGAAUGCCAGCUGUGGAGCUCUAUAGAGAUUUCAAAGGAGGGGUAAUGAAAAUAUCUCACUGUGAUCAUUGUACCAAAGUGGUGGACAAAUAUGUUGAAUAUGACUCGACCAUAGUUUUCCUAGAUAUGUUGCUACUUAAAACUCAAGCCUAUAGACAUGUUCUUCUAAAUGCAGAUUCCAAGAAUCAUUGGAAAUUUGCUGUUUUGUUCCUCUUAACUGAUGCAUAUACAAAAUGGACUUUCCUGCGUAUUCAUGGUGUUUCUAUGCAAGACAAGCAUAGUGAUACAGUACUGUAUGCUGCGUUAGAGUUGAACUUUCAUAAAGCUCUGAUUAUGUCAUGUUUUGAAGAACUUAUCUUCUACAUGACGGUCUAUAUAUGCUUGAAAAUCCUCAUCAGUUCUCUGUGGAGAGAUAGGAGACUGUGCAUACCACGGUUAAAUCUGAUAUUGGGAGGGAUUUUAUUGUCCAAUUUUGGGAAACUGCUGGUAAUUCCUGCAACAAUUUGGGGUCAAGCUGAUAAUCCAACAUAUAUCCUUGUGAUUAGGAUAUUUCUCAUUGCUUCCAAUGUGCAAGCUUGUAAAGUUUUGUGUAGAUCAAGCCGUCUGAGUGCAGCACUGAUCAUCUCUUUGUCAUACUUAGCACAGUAUGCUUUCACUGUGUUAUGGUGUGAACAAUUUAAACAAUGGUGUGCAACCUAGUGAGUACAAGCUUUCUGUUACACAAAAACUGGAGCCAAAUCUUUUAACUUUUUUACAUGAAAAGAUAGAAAUGGGUACAUGUCAGGGUGCAGCUGCUACCACAAAAUGAACAAUAAUAUCUGCUGAGAAAAGUGGCAUUCCUGAUGCUGCCAAAUAAGGAUGUGAAGAAAUGACUAUGUGAUGACAUGGGUGUUCAGCUUCUAGACACUACCCCUAGGCUCUAGGUUGAAUCCUUGACACAAGAAGAAAAAAUUCCAUGUGAUUGGUAGCACCUCAUCUGUUUUCACAACUUUUUUGUUUGGGGCAGCAUGAAGUACAAAAGAUAAAUCAGUUCAGGAGAGCUGUAGAGAUCAUAUCAGGAACUGUUCCAUGUGUAACAAGGACCAAAAUUCAUGAGCAAUGCUUAAGAAAAAAGUAAGCCAUUACCAUGACUAGAAAUGGAAAUGGCUUAACACAAUGAUGGUGUUUCAUUGGAUAUAUCAAACUGAUGGAUGUGUUGGUUAUGUGUCCUGUGGGAAAAUCAGCAAGGGUCCAUAGAGAGGACGUUUGUUACAUUGCACCACUGCAGAGAAGGAAGUGAGAAAUAUUGGCGGGGAGGCUAUGGGUCAGGGACUAGGUCACACUAUGCUGGUGGGGAAGUGUAUGCUACUGUACUAAAACGGUGGCAUUAUAAUGCUGUUUUUAAACCACUCUUAUCUUGAAUCAUUGCCAGUGUUACAUGCAUCCGACUUGUUCUAAUGUGUUUACAUAAAGCAUGCUAUGAGGCAUCACAGAUUGAUUUGAAUUGGAGUUUUAAUUUGCAUUUGACAAAAAUGCUGAUGAUAUGAUAAAUAUUUUUGAGAGUUAAGCUGGUAUGUCAGUCUACAAAUAUUUUUUGCCUUUUAAUAUCAUCAAAGAUCUUUAUGCUGCCCCAUUGCAUUGGAAGAAAUUAAUAGGCUAACUAGCUGUUCAUAAGAGUGGUAGAUAAAAUUUUCAUUAAAAUUUCAUAUGUGUACUAUGAACUAAGUGUCAAAUUCACCACUGAACUUCUUGAAAAUUUGCUUGUUCUGAAAAUGAUCUGCAUGGUUACAUUUUAUGACAAAAAUAUACAGAAAUUAUAAGAUAAUUUAUCUUGUAGACAAAAGAGUAGUUGGUGUCUUACCAGUUUCCUUCUUUUAUAGUGUUUGUAUCUUUAGGAGUUAGAAAAUCUUGUUUUUAUCAUGACUUAACACAUUUAUUAUGUAAUUGAGUUUCUAUGAUAAUGUGUGAAACGUGCUAAAGAUUUAACUCUUUAACACAGUGCUCCUUACUUUGGAAGAGGUGCUCUGAAACUCCUACCUCUGAAGUUGAUUUGUUUCUUAGAGUGGGAAUUGAAAUUUCUUUUGACAAAAGAUUUCAUUAAAUUGUUUGCAUUCAUUCACACCCAGAGCACCAUUACUUGCAAACUGCUGGUACUAUAAUACAGUCGGGUGGCCCUCCGUGUAAUUCUUCAUUCAUCCUUUUUUUAAAUGCCAAAUUAUGGAAUUUAACAGUGCCUUUCCUUCCUCAGGCUAGGUGCAGAUAACGGAUCUAUAGUACUGAUAAAUAAUCAGAAAGUUGCAUGCAACAUGUUAAUGGAGCAGUCUCAUGUAUAUUUUUUAUGUCAAAAGACAGGCAACCUCUUCUUAAUUGCGCUUAAAUGACAGGUAAAGCGCAAUAAGUUCUAGGGGUCCAAUCUCAAAGGAGCGUGCGGAAGAUUUAACACAGGUAAUGGGCUCUUCAGUAUUAUAGCGUUCAAUACGCAACAGAAAAAGAUCAAUGGUUUAGUCAUCAGUGGCGAUUCAAAAAGGAGUGGCAGCUACACAAUCACGGUUUCCAUUAAGACUGGGAAAAUAAAACGA